AUUCCUCCUCUUCUUCUCUCCCCCACGUUUCCCUUCUCUCAGUCUCAUACUUUAAAGUCACUGCCAUCAUGACUUUGGUCACCCGUUCGGCCAUGCGCAUGUCGCGCCGUGGGGUUCAGGCCAUGAAAAACGCCAGGGCUAAUGCCGCUUUCUUCAAUACUUCUGCCCGUGUAGCCCAGCAAGCCGUCCCCACUUUGACCGCUCAGAGCAGUCGGGUCAGCGUUCCUCAGCAACAUGCCUCUUCCACCCGUACCUACGCCACACCGUCCAACCUACAGACCGGAUCCAUCAAGACGGUCAUUGGUGCCGUCGUCGACGUCCACUUUGACACGGACGAUCUUCCCCCUAUCUUGAACGCUCUCGAGGUGCAAUUCGCCGAGGGUCAAUCAACAGUCUCAGGUGGUCGUCUCGUCCUCGAAGUCGCUCAACACUUGGGUGAGAACACUGUCCGUACCAUUGCUAUGGACGGUACCGAUGGUCUUGUCCGUGGACAGAAAGUCGUCGACACUGGCGCCCCGAUCAAAAUCCCCGUCGGCCCCGCAACCCUCGGCCGUAUCAUGAACGUCAUCGGUCAGCCUAUUGAUCAACGUGGUGAGAUCAAGGGUGUCAAGUUGGCCCCGAUCCACGCCGAGGCACCUGAAUUCGUCGACCAAUCCACCCAAGCUGAAAUUCUCGAGACCGGUAUCAAGGUUGUCGACUUACUCGCGCCUUAUGCUCGUGGAGGAAAAAUUGGUCUUUUCGGUGGUGCUGGUGUCGGCAAGACUGUGCUUAUUCAGGAACUCAUCAACAAUAUCGCCAAGGCCCAUGGUGGUUACUCUGUGUUCACCGGUGUCGGUGAGCGUACUCGUGAGGGCAACGAUUUGUACCACGAAAUGAGAGAAACCGGUGUCAUCAACCUCGAGGGAGAGUCCAAAGUGGCCCUUGUCUUCGGUCAAAUGAACGAGCCCCCUGGAGCUCGUGCGCGUGUCGCUCUUACGGGUCUGACCAUCGCCGAAUACUUCCGUGACGAAGAGGGUCAGGAUGUGUUGCUCUUCAUUGACAACAUUUUCCGAUUCACCCAGGCCGGUUCCGAGGUGUCUGCUUUGCUUGGUCGUAUUCCUUCCGCUGUCGGGUACCAACCCACACUCUCAACCGAUAUGGGUGGUAUGCAAGAACGAAUCACUACCACGAAGAAAGGUUCCAUCACUUCAGUGCAAGCCGUUUACGUGCCCGCCGAUGAUUUGACCGAUCCUGCCCCGGCCACCACCUUUGCCCAUUUGGACGCCACCACUGUGUUGUCCCGAUCUAUCGCCGAGUUGGGUAUCUACCCCGCUGUGGACCCUCUUGACUCCAAAUCACGUAUGUUGGAUCCUCGUGUUGUCGGAGAGCGUCAUUACCGCGUUGCCACCCGUACUCAACAAAUCCUUCAGUCUUACAAGUCGCUCCAGGACAUUAUUGCCAUUUUGGGAAUGGACGAGUUGUCUGAAGAGGACAAAUUGACUGUCGAGCGAGCGCGUAAAAUUCAGCGUUUCAUGUCGCAGCCAUUCGCCGUCGCUCAGGUCUUCACCGGUAUCGAAGGUCGAUUGGUCCCUUUGAAAGAGACUAUCGAGGCUUUCGAGGAGAUCCUCGACGGAAAGCACGACCAUAUCUCUGAGAACUCUUUCUACAUGGUCGGUGGUAUCGAAGAUGUCAAAGCCAAACAUGAGAAGGCUAUCAAAGAACAGAGCUAAAUAGAUGGUACGAGAGUGGGAUCUUGAUUGGUUCGGUCAGCAUGUGCCGCUCUGAAAUGGGUCUUACUGUCGUCUCGUAAAAAAUGAAUGGCAAACUGCAUGGGA